ACAGGGCGGGGAGAGGCACGGCAGGAAGUCGGUUCUGGUUCCUGGGUUAAGGCGCCCGGGCAGGAGCGAGCGCCCUGUGCCGGGAGCGGCCGCGGGCUCCGUGCGGCGCUCGGUUCCUGUUCCCAAGAUGAUGACAGUGUAACUUAGAAAAUAUAGCAAUUGAAACAUCUGUUUUGAGAGCAGAAAUAUGUAGAGAAGUACUUUCGGUUGGAUGGCCCCUGUGUUCUCAUCUCUCAUGAAACUGAGAGGUCUGUUAACUUGACCAUGUGAUGAAACAACAUUGGGAACUAUGGACAAAAACAUUGGAGAGCAGCUUAACAAAGCUUAUGAAGCCUAUCGACAGGCAUGCAUGGAGAGGGACCAUGCUGUGAAAGAACUACAGCAAAAAACAGAAAACUACAUGCAGCAAAUACGUGAACAGCAGGAAAAGAUAGAGCUUCAGAACAGCAUUAUUGCAAAACUGAAAUCACAGUUGGCUGCUCUGAAUGCUAAUAGAGGCAAUGCACAUCCUUACAUUCUGAUGCAUGAAGACAUUGAAACAUCCAACUUACCUUUCAGGCAGCUCUCUGAAAAACUGAAUAUAGCAAAGCAAAGAGAAAAACUCCUAAAGGAACAGUUAGACAGUGAGAGCAUGAAAUUGAAGCAACUUGAGGACAAAAGCAAUCAAAAGGAAAGGAAGCUUUUAUCUAUUAUUUCCAAUCAAGAUGAUAAAAUAAGAAAUCUGGAAAGCAAAUUGCAAGAAUUAAAUGAAGCACAAAAGAGUAUACAGAAGCCAACGUAUAAAAGGGAGGUGAAAAGUAAGAAAGUUGUUCCAGAUAAGCCUGAAUUAUCUCUAGGGAUCUCUGGUAUUUCACCUGAAAGAGAGAAUCUGGAGACUAUUUUCCAGGACAUGAAAGAAGAGUGUCAUCGAAUAUGUAUGCUAGCCAGAGAACAAACAGACCAACUGAGUAUAUUUAAGAUAAAGCCAGAACCUGAAACUGAAAUACAGUUUUCCAUGCCGAUACAGUGCACAGAUAAAACUGAUGAACAAGCAGAAGAGCUUUUUAAGCCUCGGGUUAUAAAGGAUAUAAAUAGAGGUGCAUCAUGCAUCACAUCUAUCACACCAAGAGGAGUGGGCCAAGAUGAGGACAACAACUCUGUAGAAUCACUUUCUAAAUUUAAUGUCAAGUUUCCACCUACAGACAAUGACUCUGCUUUCUUGCAGAGCACUCAGGAAAAACCAACAGUUCCUUGUGCUGGUAUAUCUGAAAACAUGCUUCAAGAUCAUCAUUUUAACCUGGAGCACAGAGACCGUGCUGUUAACCUCAGUAAAUUGGAACCUAACUCAUUUGAAGCUCAUGGCAUUGAUCUCAUGACCUCAGCUUUACAAAGUUUAACCACUGUUGACAAAACAAACCCCUCAGAUCAUGCAAAGAUGCCCAUAGAAAAUAUCUGUGACAAACCAUGUUUAAAAACAACAGACAGUGGUUUCACAUUUGUACCUAAGCACACAAACCAAGGUGUACCUGAAGUAAUUUUUUCUUUAGAAGCUGCUGGAACAACUGUCAGAGGUCCUCAUCAGCCCAUUUGGCAGCCUCAAGACAAUGAUUUGCUGGCACAAGCAUAUGCAGACUCUGAACUGAAUCAGUGUGGAAUAUGUGAAUUCUGUCGAGAAGUUUUCCCACCAUCUCUAACAUCUAAGGAAGAUUUUCUUCGGCAUCUCAAUUCCCACUUUAAAGUACAGUCUUAAUGUAUGAGAAUUCAAUGGUUCACUGUUUUUGCAUACAUUUAUACAUUUUUUUAUUCAAUAGAUAUGAUAAGAGUUUAAGAAUUAAGACUUCUUGUAAAAAGAACUCAUGACUGGAAUUGUU